AUGAGUUGGAAAGGAACUAGUAGAGCUUUGGGGAGGUUACCUCAAAACUUUCGCUCAAUAACUGGACUUGGAACUUCUACUCAAGAUACUGACUAUGAUGAUAUUCUAAAUCGUUUCGUGGAGUUGCAUAACAAGACGGAACAGAUGUAUAAAGAUGCUGUUAAAUUUAGGGACGGUAUCUCAUUUAUGUUGAAUCAUCAGGCUAAUUUUUCUGAUAUUAUGGUAGAAUUAUAUAACCCUAUCGUAGGCAAGAAUGAAGCUGAAUCAACUACCCGUCGUGUUGCAACUCCUGUUCAAUCUAUGAAUUCUGUUAAGGAAUUUCAAAUGACGAUGGUCGAAUUGAGAGAUAUUAUUUUACCUGAAUUGGAUCGCGUGGAUAAUAUGGUAGUAUUACCUUCUAAGGAAUUCAUCGACAUUAUUAAAAUGAUAAAGAAAAUUAUUUCAAAACGGGAGCACAAAAAGGUGGAUUUUGAUCGAUACACAGUUAGUGUGAAAAAGCUUCAAGAUAAAAAGGAUAAAUCGUUGAGUGAGGCAAAGUCAUUGGUUAAGGCUGAAGAAAGUCUUGCCAAGGCGACAGGAGAAUACGAACAUUACAAUGAAUUACUCAAGAAGGAAUUGCCCGUAUUCUUUGAAUACAGGGCUCAAUUCAUCGAACUAAUUAUCACUAAUUUUUAUCAUUUGCAAUUAAAAAUUUACGUAGAACAUUAUGAUGAAAGGAAAGUUGAAGUAAAUCAACAAAUUGAUCAAUUUAUUUUAUUACAGAGAGGAGACAAGAAAGGAUCGAAAAAAGAAAAUAGCAGUUUGCACCAUGAUAAAAGUGAACCAACUGGGACAGGGCAUCCUAGUAAAAGUUCCACGUAUAAAUCAAAUAAUAACGAUAGCGAUGAUUAUGCGGAACCGCCACCAUCUUAUUCAUCUAUAUCUACCCAUCCUGUAAACAUGCCAGCUGGUCCAAGCUCUGCAGCUAGGUCCCCUUCAAAUUCAAAACUUUAUCCUAUUUACAAAGCUCCUCCGCCUUUUCCAUCUCAUGGUUCAAAACCACAGUAUGUUAGAGCAUUAUACGAUUAUGAUGCGCAAGCAGAAAAUGAUUUAUCAUUUAGAAAAGAUGAUAAGAUUGAGUCAGACCUGUCUAUAAUCACUACUUUUGGCCAGCCAAAAACCGGUGAUUAUACUGUAGAUAA